AUGCGGGCGCAGCCAGUGGUCCCUGAGCCCCACCCGAGCCCCAUCUCCAUCUCAUUUGGGGGAACAAAGGUUGUUACUUCGUGUGGGACUUCAGCAAACAAGAUGCAGAGCAGAAGCGAGAAGUUUGGAUCUCAGCGGGGUCUGCUCAAAGGGAGCAACACCUACCUGGCCAAGAUCGCUCUCGCCCUCCAAAGCGUUCCACGCAGGAUGCUCACUUUUUCUCAGCUGAUGGACAAGCUGGCGCCACUAAUUCGUAAAGACAGAAAAGCUGCUGAGAACAACAUCCGAGUCUGUUUGUCGUCCAACAAAUGUUUCAUCAAGGUUCCAGUGGUGCCAGAUGCAGUGGACAGCAAGAGGAACUACUGGAAACUGGACUACGGUCAGAUCUCAGCCAAGAUGGUGCGUCGUCACUUCAAAGGAAUCCUGAAUCACUUCCCUGAGUUGGCCUCCAAAGUGAAAACAGAGAAGGCUGUUCAGGUCAGAUGUGAGGUGAAGUUCAGCAGUCCUUUCUCCAUCGAAUCCCUCCUGAAGACAGACGAGGCUCCCACUGCUCGGGCCUCCACACCUCCUCCUCGGUCCAGCUCCCCAGUCAGAGCCGAGCAGCCGCUCCAGUCUGCUGGGACCAAGAGGAGCCUCAGCCAGGGCUCUGCGGAGCCUCCCCUCCGUCCAACUCCAGCUGGAAGUUCCUCCAUCAGCUCAGCAGGAGGCAGCACAAGCCGUGGUGCCGCUGCUGCUGCUGCUGGAGCUGCUGCUGGAGCUGCUGAGCCCAUGAGGAGGAUGUCUGUGUGCACUGGGCCCUCAUUCCCCAUCUACACCAGAGCCAGACCUGCUCCUUAUUUCAGCAGCCAGCCCAGCAGUUACAUCACUUACCCUGUACCAGCAUUCACCCGCGAUGCUCUCCAGUUCUGGUUGUAA